AUGGCUUACGAAUUAAGUGACAGAUUUAAACAUCCACCUGAGAGAUUCCGACUCCUAGAACCUGGAGCUUAUCAAUAUAGCAAUUCACCAAUAGUUGAACCAAAUAAAGUGCCUUUUUUGUCAAAGUGCCCAAGAAAAACGGUAAACAUAAACCCAGUAUGGACACAUGUCCUUUAUAAUGCUGAUCUUCCUCCCAAAAUACCAAAUUGUACAAGUAUUUCAUCAAAAAUUCCACGGUUUCCAUAUGAAGCAUUCAGUGAAAAAGAUUUAGAAGAAAUUUUGUGUAAAUGUGGAAUAGAAAAUCCAUGCAAAUGUCCCGUUGAAGAUGUUGAAGAAACUGAAAAAAAAGAAGAAGUAGUAUGUCAAAGAUUAAUUCCUAGACGUAUAUUUAAAGGUUUUGUUCCUAGAUCUUCACUAGGAGACGGACUUUCUACACCUUCAAAAGGGGAUAGUGGAUUUAAGUUAUUGCCAGAUGGAACAAAAAUACGUAUAUUCACAAAGCCCAAAGAUAAUAGCCCCCCUUUUUAUAACACGAAUGUUACUGAGUCUACGGCCUUCUAUCAGGGGUGCAAAUGGAGUAAAUGGACAGCGAAAAGAGAAAGUAAAUUUGGUACAGAUACACCAGGUCCAACAGAUUAUUUUUUCGAAAAAGAACCAGACUUUGAUACCCUUUGUGCUGAAAAAGUGAGAGCGUUGAAGCGUAAAACAUCGAAACAGUACCGAUUCAUAGAAAUGGUGCAAAGGAGGAAUAUUAUCGAAGGACGUCCCGGUCCAACAGAUUAUAGUCCAAUGUCACCAAAAGGACCAGAUCUACAAUAUUACGGUCCUAAAGCAGAAAGAUUUUCAAUUCCUAAAUACCAAGAUCAACCAGGACCUACCGCAUAUUCAUUAAGACGUGAUUUUGAUUUAGUAGAAAUUCCUGCGAAACAAUGCCAAGCAAAACUACCGCCGCCUGCUGGUUUCGGAGUUAGAGCAGUUAGACUUAAACCUCGUAAAGAAGAAGGUCCUAGUCCCGCUAACUAUGAUGCAAGAUAUAAACCAUGUCAAGUUCACCGUUGUAAACUCGUCCCAUUUGGAUCUUCAGCCGAAAGAUUUAAGAAAGAAAUUAUAGAAGAAUACGAUUAUGAAGAUUUAAUAAUGAAUGAAAUUAUGAAAGAGCUGAAGAAGACCCAAGAUGAUUCUACAAUAAAAAAUAAUCCGACAUGGGAAUUUAAGUCAAAGACAGUAAGAAUGAAACCUCUUAAAAAAAUAUUAAAUGAGCCCAGCCCAGCAGAUUUACCUCUAGCAACUCCAAAAAUGAAGAGACUUCUCAAUUUACAAAAAAGUUGCCCAUUUUUUUCAUCGGAGAGACGAUUGAAACCUUGGUUUAAUUGGAUACCAGUACAUGGAAAAGAAAAUACGCCAGGCCCAGCAUAUUAUUGUCUUGAAAAGCCGCAAUGUUUACCGGCUGUUUGUCAAGGUCCAAUAAAUCGUUCACCACGUUUUCCUCGUGCUAAGUUUCAAACUCCGGCUCCAAAUCAAUAUGUAGUCAAAGGAGGGAUUGAAGAUGUUUUAGUGACGUAUAACAAUCGCUUAAAUCAAAAUAUACAAAACAAACAUACCUUUCAAUGGAAACCUCCAGUAGAAAAAUCUAAGCCAAACCUGGCUGAUAAGGAAAAUUUAUUACUAGAAAAAUCAAUUCAAUUAUUGGAAAGUACAGAUAUAUUUGCAGAAGAACAAUACGAUAAGCAGAAUAGUAACCAUGAAGACGAAGAAAUUAAGAAAUCGAAAUUAUUACGCUGUUUUCUGUUUUCUAAGAAAAUGCCAAAUUAUUGA